CUAUUUUUUUUUUUUUUUUACCCCCUCACCAACAGUUUACGUCAGCGACGUACUCCUCAGUCUCAGGGAGACGUUCAGGGUAUUGUAAACUUUUUGUAUACACCGACUGUCAGCAUGUUUUGUCAUUGAGGUGCCAAGAGGAUACAUCUUUUGCAUAGCUCCAGUAAUGGCAAGUAGAAACUCUAGUACAAGUAUUAUAAUUAUUAAUCCAAUUUUAUACCACUGCAUUCUUUUGGUUACUUGGCAUUGCAAUCGGUGCAUCAGUAUUGAGAAGAUCUCCUUAAGGGGGGAGUUGUACAAAGUUUUGCUCAGAAUUAAAAAAACGAGGGUACCCUGUAUUGUUCUGCAACGAUUACAACAUCAGAGCCUCCUAGAGGCCUUCUUUUUUUUUUUUUUUAAUAAUGUUUGACAAGAUUAUAACCUGUGUGCACAAAUAUCCUGUGUGCAUACGUUUUAAGAAGGCCAAAGGCCCACUGGCACUUGAAGGCAACUUGUAAAAGAGUAUCUUGACUUACUUUUAACUGAAGUGAAGGAUCUGAGUUGGCCUACUACUACCUCCUCUCCUCCACCACUUGAUAUGUUCCACGCAUCGGGUAGAAACUAUUGAAUACAUGAAGGAUAUGCUAUGAUCACGAUGGGGGUGGGGGUGCUGUUUAGCAAAAUAUCAACUUUUCUUAUUAUUUUACAACACAUCUUCAUGUGUACAGUUGAUGUAACUCCUAGAAGUCGCCACUGGUGGGCAGGCAAGUACUUCGGUGACGAGCUCAGUGAAAACACAUUCUUGAUAGGUUCCACUGAUAGGACUUAUUAUGUAUUUUGAUGAUAAACUUAAAAACUUGAUUUGAUCGUCAACACCUGUCUGUUCGCUAUGUGUCAGUGUGGAAGUCUAAACAACCAAAACAUGUCCUAUUGUAGGACAAAGCAUGCUGUCUUCAGGGUUUGACCUUCAAAAUCACUAACUCUUUUUACUUACUGUACAGGUCCACAAUACAGUAUGUCUUUUGUUCCACUAGCUUUUUGUGCCCAUGUCUCCAGAACUUAAUAACAUAUCUAGACUUUUAGAUAUAAUUUGCUGUGGAUCUCUUUCUCUCUCUAUCUCUCUCUCUCUCUCUCUCUCUUUCUCACACACACACACACACACACAAAUGAGGCAUACUUUUGCAACACAUUGUACCACCUCGCAGGAAACAUGACAGAGCCUGUUUCAAAUACCGAAUUGUGGUCCCCGCCUCAAAGCCUCGAGCACUUUUUCCCAUUUUGAAAAUACAGUUCGAUUUUUGGUGACUGUAUGAGGCGGAUUCUAUAACUGGGUUAAAGGGCACCGAAUUUCAACGUUGACAUGGCAAGGGUGAUGGGAGGUUGCCUUUCCUGGCACAGCGUGGCACAUCAACUCCCUAUUGAGGUACAGAAGGGACGAUUCAAAUAAAACAAAAACAAGAAACAGUUCAUCCCCAAAUGGAUGGAAAUCACUGUUAAACCUGAAUGAUGUAUCAGUGCAAUGCAGCGAGUGACCUCGUGUGGCAUAUCAGGUGUGUCGUUUUGCCCAGACGUUUUUAUCGAUUCUGGGGGCCACUAAGAAGUCGGUGGUUGUGAGUCAGGAGCGUGCGUGUGCCUGCGGUGUGAGAGGGCGAGUCAGACUGAUGCUUUGCCAGUAAUUUCCCCGGUGCCCCGAUGCGCUCAUUGGUGCGUCCCUCCAACGUGUCACCACUUUUGGUGGAUUACCCCAGAUGAUAUCUUCACCUUCUGGAGGCUGACACGCCACUCCUUUCUCUCGGCUCCUCUCCUCUCGGUGUCCAGCUGCAACGCGCACCUUUGACAACAUUUGGAAAAACUUUGUGACGCGUAAAGAACAGCUCAGGAGAAGGGGGACUUGAAGAUUUUUAUUUGGUCUUUUUACACAUGGCGAGCACAAACAUGCACGUAUUUACUUUAGGGUCAAGGAUGACGCCUUUUGCAUUCCCAUCAUUUCUGUUUUUGGCGCACAUGCUGCUGAACGAUCUCUGGGUCAGUGGCUCCCCGGGCUGUGCUUCGUGUGGCUUGCCGGCAAUGGAGAAGAGCGCAGAGCAGAGGCUGAUGACAGAAAUCGCCAAGCAGCAAAUUUUGGAGAAGCUGCACCUGAAAGAGAGACCAAACAUAACCCACACGGUGCCCCGGGCAGCGCUGCUCACUGCGCUGCGCAAACUGCACUCGGGGCGCGUCAGGCAGGAUGGCACUCUUGAACUGGAAAACAAUAUACCCACCAAAGAUCAAGGCUAUGAAAUAGUGAGCUUCGCAGAUAUAAGUGGGACGGGCCACGGUGAGGAGGCUAGCCUCAGUCUCGCCUUCCAAUUUCUGCAGGAGCGUGGCCAGAGUAUCCAGGUACUCCAGGCGUCCCUGUGGAUCUACGCCCGCUCCUCGGGGGACCCUCGGCGGGAUUCCCGGCUGCCUGCCAAAGUAUUCCUUUCUGCAGACGAUGGGGUAUCGGGCAGUAACCGCACCCUGGUGAUAGAAAAGAUGCUGGAGGUCCAGGAGAGCAACUGGCACACCUUCACCAUCACGCACACCAUGCAGGCGUUCCUCGACGGUGGCCAACGCCGCAUGCGGCUUGAGGUAAGCUGCGACGAUGAUGGGAAGAACCUUUGCUCCAUAGAUGGGCCUGCUGAAACCCUCAACCAGCCCUUCCUGGUGGCCAAGGUGCGUCUCCGGGAUGACCACCCCAAACACUUACUCAAGAAGCGCUCGUUGCGAUGUGGGGACGAGGUAAGCGUGUGCUGCAAGAGAGAAUUCUACAUCAAGUUCAAGGAUAUCCAGUGGGACGAGUGGAUCAUUGCUCCUGAAGGUUACCAUAUGAACUACUGCAUAGGUCAGUGCCCCCAACACCUGUCCGGUUCCCCUGGGAUAGCAUCCUCGUUCCAUGCCACUGUCUUCAGCCAGCUGAAAAUCAACGGCAUUAACACAGCAACAACUUCAUGUUGUGUUCCCACUGAGCACCGGCCACUCUCCAUGGUCUUCUUUGACUCUCAGCACAGCAUUGUCAAGAUGGACGUUCUUGACAUGAUAGUGGAAUCCUGUGGAUGCACAUAAAGGACACAGCAUGAAAGACAUGUUAUACUUAACAAAGAUUUGUUUUGUGUGUAUUGCAGUAGAGACAGUCACAGAACACACAAAAACUAAGAUGUGUCCUUCUUUGGACAACCAGCAUUGAUGUUUCUUUUCUGCGCGAGACACAGUAACUCAGGCAACAUCUGAUACAUUUUCUACAAAAUAUAUCCCUCAUAUAAGGAUUCUUGACAAAAUAGACAAUACUAUUAUAAAUUCAUUCAUUAAAUCAUUAGCCAGAGAAGUUUAAACCAAUUCCAAUAAUUAAACUUUUGAAUUAUUUUUGGAGGCCACACAGAGAGAUUAACAUGAUGCCUUCACUGUAUUGUGCAUCUUUUUUCCAUUUUUGUCAUAUGUAGUUUGUUUAUUGUGUAUUACAUAAUUGCCACUGGAAUUCAGUUCAAAGAUGCAGUCAAAAUAUUCUAUGGAUCUCAUGAAAUUUUGAACAGAGGUAACAUGACUUUCAAGACACAUUAGCUAUAUUUCCAGUAUGCUUCAUAUUAUAGUCACAUACUGUAUAUAGAGUCUUAAUACGUCAUUUUACAGAACGGUCUUGGUCUAUAUAAUUGCUACUUUUUCAAAGCAAAGCUGUUAAAACAUUGAAUGAGAUCCUAGAUUUAAAAUGUGCCUUCUUUAAGUCAUGACGAGUGCAACUUGGCCAUUGAUUAUCAGGUCAUUUACCACACACACACACACACACACACACACACACACACACACACACACACACACACACACACACACACAACUUUGGCAAUAUUUCUAAGCUGAGAAAAGGAUGUUUUAAAGACCUCGUUAAAUGAGAGUUGAAACUAAGUUGUGUUAUAAUCACUCCCAAAUUUAGAUUUUCUCUUGCCACUUUUGGUCCUGUUAAAAUAAUUACAUUUUUUCAUUUCAUUUUCAAGUUCUUACCCAUCCAUGUAUAAAUGUCACUAAGACAGACAAUGAGAGCAAACUGUGUACUGGAGUCAAUUGGGGAAACAGAGAUAUUCAACUGGGAGCACUGUGAAAACAAAAUCAGGCUGAGGAUGUUUCCUUGAGUAACACCAUCUUCAAAUAUAUAGGUCUCUGGUAUGUAAGCACAUACCUUUUUUUGAAAUUGACCUGUCACACAGUGCUACUGGUAUUCUGAUAAUUCUCCAUUGUUUACAUUCAACAAACAUUUUAGCCAUCUGAUGAAGUUAUGACAUGAGCCAGUGAACAGUGAAAUUGAACUGAACUAGUUCAAACAACUAAACUCUGCCCUAAUGUCUGCCUGACUGCUGCUGCUGAUGCAUGCAGGUGGAAAUAUGCUUAAUCAGCAUCUCCACUGUAUUAUUUACACAAGUCAGCUAAUCAGUUGGGUAACUGUGACUCUGACAGAAUACGACCCCAGGGUUAUUUUUCAGCAACGUGAUCAAACAUUUAGCUAUUGCCUCAGUGUCAGUUAAUGUGAAGGUCUGUGAGGCAGUUGGAUCAAUGACCAUUUAUAUCUUUCAAAGUCUAAAGUUUUCUGGGAUGAUGCAAAAUUACAAGCUUUCCAGAUCUGUUAAUCAUUUUGGAUGGGAUUUCAAAACAUCUUUGUACCACAAAAACAAAAUCUACUGUAUUAUUUAUAAAUUGCAGCUGAAUACUUUGUUGUGAAUAUGUAGAGUGACAUAGCAAUGCCUGAACAAUGACCAAGUGUAGUUUAUUUAAAAAUGAGUAGUAUUUCUACUGUACGAUACGUUGCAAUUCAGCACAGAAAUGAAUACAACUGAGAACUAAUGUAUUACACUGCUAGCACCAAAUAUGUUAAGGACACAGGCCUUUCCUACGUCUCGCCUAUGUUUACACUCAUCAGUGUAACAUGCUUUAGAGUUCAAAUUUGUGCAAAAUGUUUUUGAUGCUCUAGUUUAUGGUUUGUUUUAUUUUGUAUGCACUUCCUGUCUCAGGGCUAAACGUGACAUUGAGGUGCCAUUUUAUCAUAACUUACUAAGCACUUUAUCAUCCUACUGUAUUUUAAAUGGGCCCACAGAGCGCAAAAUGACAAUCAGCAAUAUUUUCAAACUCUAAGUCUUGUUUUAAUAUGUGGAAUUGUAUGUACUAGCAGAGCACACAGAUGAUGCAACAAUUUGUGUAUACUGUAUGAUGCAAAUGGAGCCAGGAUUUGGCUUAUAAUUAUUAUCUUUAAUUUUUUUAUAUCACACUAUCAAUUAUGUAUAACUAAUUAUUUGUAUAGCAAUUAAAAGAUAACAUUUGUCCUUGUAUACUAAAAUGACAUGAUUACAGUUAAAGUAUAUUUUUAAUAAAGAAAUAUUUUAAAUCAA